AUGUCAAUCACUUAUAAAGUUGCAUUCUUUCCAACUCUUGGUGGAACUCUGAAGCAACCACCUCCACGUGGUGAGUUCUGGGUUGUCGUUCGUCUGAAAAUGACGAAUGUUACAAACGGCAGUAGAGUUCCAACAAACGAGGAAGUUAAACAAAGCAACGAAGACUACUUGCAGUCAACUGGGUGCCCUGUUGCUUAUAUAGCAUCUGAAAACACUCCAGAUAUUGCCCUGCCUUCGUCCAAAGAUGACUCAGCUCUUGGUCUCUCCAAGUAUUUGAAUCUCUCAGUUAAUGCCAGAAUCAUGCUGAGAGUCAACUUAUGGGUGAAAGGAGAUCUCGUCAAUGGUUCUCUAGGAACUAUACGCUACAUUAUAUAUGCUCCUAAUGCUCGCCCUCCAGCUCUUCCUCUGUUUAUUUUAGUGGAAUUCGAUAGCUAUCAGGGACCUUUCAUCUAUGGUAAUCAGUUUCCAAUAAUCCCCAUAACACGCUCUUCGAACGAUGGCAGUAUAUUGCGAUCUCGUAGACAGUUUUCCCUUACCUUAGCAUACUCGAGGACUAUACAUAAAUCACAGUUAUUAACUCUUCCAAAAAUCAAAAUAGAUAUAGGUAAAAAAGAGACAACUAUCGGUCUUAGAUAUGUUGCAUUCAGUCGAGUGAAAAAAAUAACUGAUAUAGUAUUUUUAAACAGUUACAGAUUGACUUGUAGGGAUCUUUAUUGUAAGUCCAAGGCCCAUAGUGAUAGACAGAAUUUCAUGAUACGUUAG